AUGUCUCUUUACGGAUCUUUGAUGGCCGACGUGGAGGACGAUCCAUUCUUUGGAUCUCACAUGCGGCACAUCCGUCAAAUGAGCAACAUGAUGAACUCAAUGUUUUCGGAUCCAUUCGGCAUGCUUGGUGAUAGUCGCCUCUCCAUCAUGGGACCUCCACAUGGCAGCUCUCUUAUGCCUUUUAUGCCCCAAAUGCCUUCACUUAACAGAUUAUUCUCAGCGGAUCUGACAAACGCCGCCAUGGGAGCCGGCAGCUCCUUUAGCAGCAGCACUGUUGUCAUGUCAAGUGGACCUCAUGGUAAACCACAGGUAUACAGUUCCUCUAGCAGCACUAAGAUUGGACCAAAUGGAGUGAAGGAAACACGCAAGACGCUUCAGGACUCACGUACUGGUGUCAAAAUGAUGUCUAUUGGCCACCACAUCGGGGAACGAGCUCACGUGGUAGAGAGGGAACAGAACUAUUACUCGGGGGAUGCUGAAGAGAGGCAGGAGUACAUUAACCUUGAGGAGGAUGAAGCCGAACAGUUUGACAGGGAGUUCCAAGAGCGAGCCGGCAUGAUGUCCCGCUCUCGCGCGGCCAUUGCCCCCGCGCCAAGGCAUGAGCCAAGACACGAGCCGAGACUGGCCUUGCCGGCGCCGCCUGCUGCCUCGCCCACCGCCGAGGCCCGUCGUCACCGUCCUUCAGCGAGAAGACCAAUCAGAACUUCCGCCAGCCCACUCACUCUACCUUCAAGAUCUGUCCGCGAGGUCUACGGUGGCUCCCAUCCGCAGAGACACAGACACAAACACCACAAAACCCACUCACACAGACACACAACCGACAAUUAA